AUGUUAUUUCUAAUUUACAUUCAAAGUCAAAUGUCAGGAUUAUUUUCUUAACUAGUGUACAUUAACUUUUUUUAGAGGUUCACCUAGUCAAAAAUAAGGUUCAAAGCUAGCUUGGGUGCACAAAAGUACACAUGCACCCAGUAAAUUGAGCCCUGCUGUGUUAAAUGACAGAAGUCACGAGUCCAACUUGUUCCAAUAAAGCACAUGCUCAUGGUAGGACUGGGGAAAUGUGGUCAAAGUCUAUAUACAUACAUGCAAUCUAAAAGGGUUGGACAAGUGUCAGAAGCAGUCAUAUUCUCAUGGAUAUACUGAGCUAUUGCAACUUUACAUGUAUGCUGUUAAUCUCAUUCAGUGACUUUGAUUAUUUCAUCUUAUUUAUACAUGAACUUGUAUUAAACCAGGAAUUUGGAUCAGUGUUUGUUGGGAUUGUAUUUGUUAAUGAUGUUUACUGUAAUUGUGCUGGAACAUAGGUUCUGAAGUACUGGAUUAUAGGGGUGUUGGAACAUGGUAGGGGAGUCAUCGUGUUGCCACAUGCUUGCACAUUUGGUUAGAUACAAGAUCAAUCAAUUCAAAUACAGUCUAGAAACCUAAUGAAAAUUCCUGUCAGGAAAAAAAAAUUGAUGAAAAAAAAAUCAUAUUCAUGCUGUUGUUUUUCAUUCAUUUAGGCACAUUAAAGAGGUUGUAACUGAGUCCUCCCGAGGUUGUAACUGAGUCCUCCUUUGUGAUGAAACCAUGGGUACCAAGGCGCCUUCAAGAGGUGAUCAUGAUGACAAGGACGGUAUUUCGGAAAAGACCCUCCUAUUCGGUGUGGUUACAGCUGUGGCGAUAUUUCUCUUACUAGUAGUUCUUCUAUUACUCUGUUUGAAGUACAAAUGGUGGCAGUCUCUGAGCAAGAAGUUCUCCACUUCCUCAAUCUGCAGCCGUGUGGAGGAACCAACUACCGACCUAUCUGUGUGGCCCGUGUACAGAAAUGGUCAGACAUUGUCUCUCGGAUAUCCUGCGUUGAACAUCGGGCGCUCCCAACACUUUUCCUACACCAAUGAAGCAGCUCACUUCCAGACGUACACCUAUGAAGGUAGAGUAUCUGGUGAUUUCUGUAGUGGAGUGCAGGGGGAGAACUCUUUACCGUCCACUGUCAUCCCUCCUCCUGUUUCCUCGGUUGACUUCUGUGACAGGAGAGGAAUCCCGGAUGACUUCUUGUACGACUUGAGAAAACAGGAAGACACCAGUAAAAUCAAGACUGUUCAUGGUAAGCUGGUUGUUUGUGUGUCUAGAUGGGUGGAUCACCGCGGGGCCGUGCUCAUGUUAGACUGCAUGGGCAUCUCACUCACCAUCCCCCCCGGGGCCCUGGAGUCAUCGCGCAGGGAACUCAUCUCACUCACGCUGGUCUGGGAUUUGAACGACGGACCAAAGUUGACGGAAAAACAAGGUCUGGUCAGUCCUGUAGUUCACUGUGGGCCCCAUGGACUCACUCUAAAACGUCCAUGCACGCUCACAUACAAACACUGUGCGUUUGAGCCCACUUUGGUGUCCACAUGGACCAGUGAAACACAUCUGUUCGGUGAUAAGAAAUGGAGAAUGCUAUGCAAGAAACGAGACGCAGACCGUCAGUGUUCCUUUCUUGGGGACGAGUGCAUUGUCAGGUUGAACCACUUUUCUCUGUACACCAGUAUCAUGACGGCAGAAGAUGGUGGCGUUGUCAGGAAAUGGCUACAGAUGGUACCUUUCGCGUACGCUCUUCGAGACGGGCGCUUCUACGAGGUGAGGGUGUACCUCCUGAACAACACCCCUUGUGCGCUGCAGUUUGCUCGGUACAAGGAAGGAGAACUAGGCGGCAGACAGUGUAACGCUGAGAAGCUCCUGCUGUUUGAAGGGGAUGGCAGCAAUCUCAAACUUGAACUCACCACGCUGUGUGAGGGGUGGACAAACACUGAUGCCCCCAAAGAGGACGUACAGUUUGUCCAGCUGUGGCACAACCUCUGUCCGUAUGCAUCCUUUUGUUUCCAACGCGAUAACCCUACAGUAUCUGAUAUUAGUCUUACCAUUGUCGCUUACCAGCGCAACCGAAUGGAAGAUUCUGCAAAACUGCGAAUCCUGGCUGCCACUGAGGCAGGCCAAUGCACAUGGCCUUCUGAUGCCCAAAACUCUUCCAGACCUGGCUCCAGCCGCUCAACGAUGCCCUCUUCUGAGAAGGAUCCGAACAGCAGCCAGAUAGGUACUCCACUCCUGGGGCUUCCCGGCCCGAGGGUGCCACGGAUUCCCCACCCCCUGAGGAUGAAGUUGCAGAUGCUGUUAGACGCACGUUCCACCCUUGGAAAUGAUUGGAGGGCUUUCGCUGGCAAACUCAACCUUGACCACUGCAUACGCUGGUUGGAGACUCAGCCCAGCCCUAUGGCCAUUCUGCUGGACAGGUUUGAGGAGGAGGGCCGUACGGUGCAGGACCUGGGCUGCCUCCUGUAUCAGAUGGAGAGGCUGGAUGCUGCAGCUACAGUCACGGACCACCUCAAGGAGACGGAACCACGCAGGGGGUCUGAUCAAACCACCGACAGUAGCAGUGAUGUUACCAUGGCAACAGCAGCAACUGGUACAGAUGAUACUACUGCCUCAGAGGGAAGGGUCGUUGGCAUGACAACAGAAGAUGCCCUGGCAGAUGACCAGGCUAUCAGUGAGGAUGAGCAAUCUACAGACCUUUGACAGUAGUACCAUACUUAAGGGUUAAUGAGCCGCCCCGAGGUGUAUAUGGUGUCAUAACGCCUGGUCCUUUGCUAUA